GACAGACAGACAGACAGACAGAUGCACAACCAUGAUCCUGUUGGGUCGCACUCUGUGUCUUCCUUCUCCAGCCACCGUCCAGGAGCUGUUCUCAGUGGCUCGAGACGCCAGCGUCAUCCCUGAUAUCUCCCUGGAUCCCGUCCUCACCACCUUCCUCUCUCUGGACUCCUCGGCCGCUCUGCAGCAUCACUAUGCCUUCUUACAGCGGAGCAUGAGCGGGGAGCAGCAGACCGCAUUCGGCCUCAACUUGACCGGAGAGCUGGGAGGCGGCAGCAGAAGGGUCACCAGUGGCGGAGUCGGGGUCGUUGCUCUGGCUCUGUCUCUGCUUUUUGACCAGGUCGCCCAACAAGUCCGAGCACAAGGAUCCACAGAGGGGAACCCAUCAGCUCAGAGAACCCAGCCUAAGAGGAUCUUUGGCAUCAGCAGUUCUUCAAGAAUCGGCCGGCUCAUCCACAGCUACCUCCGCCUGAUCCCAGGCAUCGCCAACAACCAGGAGAAGAUCGCCGAGACCACGGAGAGCCACGACAACUGGCUGAAGCUUGAGCUGAUUGACCAGUAUGAGAGGAUGACCACGAGGAAGAGGAUGAGUUCAGCGUCCAUGCAGCAGUGGUUGGCAGGAGCAGCGUUUCAUCUACACAUAAGGUUUCACCAGGUUCGUCUGAACUCUGUGCCUCAAGGAUCCGCCGAGUCACUGCGUCUGUCCUAUAAGACGGCGAUAAGUCACCUGGUUCAGGGCUACAAAGCCUAUCUGCACCGAAACAUCAAGGAGACUCCAGCAACCCAAAAACCCAGAACCGAGAACCCAGGACAAACUAACACAUUAGGCAGAACCAACAUGACCUGCUUAAGUAAUCACAUUUUCAAUGACAGUCUGGUUAGAGCCUCGACUGAUACGUUUAACGAGACGACCACACCCAAAUUAACUGUUGACAUUAGCAGAGGCUGUAAAACUGACGGAUCCGUUGGAGACUUUGGACUCCAUGUGUCAAACAGAAGAAAUGAAACCACUGAUGUUCCAGUGAACAGAAAGACUCUGGGCAAUACGACUGGACAUGAGGACGUUCAGGGUCUGUUAGUUAUCGAGCCAGGGAGGAAUGUGAGUCACAAGGUGCAGCAUCACCCCUGUCAGUCUCCGGUGAUACAACAGUCUUUGGUGACUCGUAUUAUUAACGCUCAGGACCUGGAGCGGAACAGAAACUUUUUUCUGUACCCUGAUAAAGUAUUCUACAGGCUCCUCAGGCAGAAGGACGACUUUGAGCUGAAGAUGAAUUAAACAGAAAUGAACAGUGAACAUUGUCUGCUGCUUUAAUUCCCUGUAUUUCUGUUGAUGAAAAAUAUAUUAAAUCAUUUCUAUUUAAAAUAAUUUCCAUGCUGCUUUAAUGAACGUUACCUGAAGUAUAACCCAUAAAAAAUAUUUCUCUAAAUACGAACAUCAGAUUAUGUUGAUACCACCUUUAUCAAAACUUGUGGAAAUUUAGUUAGUUUUGUCAAUUACUUUGUGCUUUUAAACAAUUCUCAUUUAAAUCUGUCUCUUUUUUAUACAGUACCAGUCAAAAGUUUGGACACACCUUCUCAUUCAACUACUUUGAAGAAUCUAAAAUAUAAAACAUAUUCUGGUUUGUUGAGCAUUUGUUUGUUUACCACAUAAUUCCAUAUGUGUUCCUUCAUAGUUUG